AACAUCAACGCACCAAUCAAAUGCCCCUCCAGUACUUCCUCGUUAGAAUCCAGACCUCAGUAAUCAAACCUGCACUGUCAAUGCGAAGUUGUUCAGCGUCUUUGACGAUGCCCUAAUCGAUAGAUUGAUAGGCCAUGUCUGCUAUAUGAUUUCCCGCGAAAGAGACGCAAUUCCUCGCGGCCAGAGACGCAGGGAGAAGUGCAAAAAAACAGCUAAGCGACUUUGGUGGUUUCAGUUUGAGCUUCAGCCCAACACAAUGGGAAUACACGGACUGACCAAGCUGAUUGCUGACCAGGCCCCUGGUGCCAUCAAAGAGCAAGACAUCAAGAGCUACUUUGGCAGGAAAAUUGCAAUAGAUGCCUCUAUGUGUAUAUACCAGUUUCUGAUUGCUGUGCGACAGGACGGGAACGUUUUGCAGAAUGAGGAUGGCGAGACGACGAGCCACCUGAUGGGAAUGUUCUACCGAACCAUCCGCAUGCUGGAACACGGCAUCAAACCCGUGUACGUGUUUGACGGCAAGCCCCCACAGCUCAAGUCAUCAGAGCUGGAGAAGAGAGGAGAGAGGAGGGCAGAGGCUGAGAAGCUGCUUGCCCAAGCUCAGGAAUUGGGGGAACAAGAAAAUAUUGACAAAUUCACCAAACGGCUGGUAAAAGUCACCAAGCAGCAUAAUGAUGAGUGCAAGAAGCUGCUGACCCUGAUGGGAGUGCCCUACAUUGAGGCUCCAUGUGAGGCAGAGGCCAGCUGUGCUGCUCUGGUUAAAGCAGGGAAGGUCUUUGCCACAGCAACAGAGGACAUGGACGGACUGACCUUUGGGACAAAUGUCCUGCUCAGACACCUCACCGCCAGUGAAGCAAAGAAACUUCCUAUCCAAGAGUUCCACUUUAAUCGUAUCCUGCAGGACAUUGGCCUGACCAAUGAACAGUUCAUAGACCUGUGUAUUCUGCUGGGCUGUGACUACUGCGGCACCAUCAAGGGGAUUGGCCCCAAGAGAGCCAUCGACCUGAUCAGACAGCACGGCUCCAUUGAGGAGAUCUUAGAAAACAUCGACCCAAGCAAGCACCCUGCUCCAGAGGACUGGCUGUACAAAGAGGCCAGGGGUUUGUUUUUGAAUGCAGAGGUGGUAGAUUGUUCCACAGUGGAUUUGAAAUGGAAUGAGCCAGAUGAGGAGGGACUGAUCCAGUUCAUGUGCAACGAGAAACAGUUCAGUGAGGACAGGAUGCGUAACGGCUGUAAGAAGAUUAUGAAGAGCCGACAGGGCAGCACACAGGGACGACUGGACUCUUUCUUCACUGUAACUGGAUCUCUGUCCUCCAAACGGAAGGAACCUGAGCUUAAAGGAUCAGCAAAGAAGAAGCAGAAGACGGGAGCCACACCAGGCAAAUUUAAGAAGGGAAAAUAGACUAAGCACAGGACUCCUGUGAUUCCUUUUGGAAGUAAUAAUUGGAACAAAUCCCACCUAGUAUAAAAAAAGACCAUGGAGCUCCAGGUGAGACAGGAGGAAGCUACAAAACAACAAGAGGUUGUCAUGAGUUCAGCUGACAGCUGUUGUGUAUGUAAAUGACCAAGCAUGAUUUUGUUGACUUAAAAAAAUAAACAAUAGGAGUAUUUUAAAGAGUGUUUGAGGUUUUUUUUAUCAAACUGUGUCUUUUAGUGAAUAAAAGU